UCUCCACGCCAUCUCCCGUGCACAGCUGGUGAUCCUGUUCCCUUCGGCGCCAUGAAACAUUGUGGCGUUGCACGGCUGGUGCUCCUGGCAGCCGUCAGCUAUGGUGCUAGCUUCGUUGGGCCGGGGCAUGACAUGCGCGCCUGCAGGAGUAGGACCAGGAUAGCUCGAGGUAGCGCUUCCUACAUUCCAGGAUUCGGACUGCUCUCCAAAGAAACUGCUGUGGUCUCGCUGGACCCUGGACCUCUCGGACUGGAAGUGGAUGCCCCCACAGGUGUGGUUCAACAGGUCUUUCAGGGAGGUGCUGGAGAGAAAGCGGGGGUGCGACCUGGAUAUGUCUUUCAGACACUUCAAGGAAGUGAUGCCUAUGACAUCUCAAAGCUGAAGGCGCUGACCAAGGGGGAGGAGCCCUAUGAAGUGACCUUCGGAAUGGUGAAGGGAAAUCCUGUAGCGGUGAUGGAGACCUCAAUGGGGGAGAUUGAGGCAGAGAUUUUCUUGGACCGCGUGCCUCGCACAGCCUCCAACUUCAUUGACCUGGCGAAGACGGGCUUCUACGACGGAGUUCACUUCCAUCGCGUCAUCCCCAACUUUAUGGUCCAGUUUGGAUGUCCCAAUGCUAGGGAUCCUUUCAGCCCCUAUGCUGGCACGGGUGGCCCUGAAGAUGGUAGUUUCACCAACUUGGCGACCAAUCAGCCAGAGAAGCGAUUCAAUGGUGGAAACAUCCAGGACGAGUUCAUAUCAGAUGAUAGCAACUCAGCGGGGACCCUGUCUAUGGCGAACACUGGGCAAGCCAAUUCUGGCGGAUCACAGUUCUUCAUCAACGUGAAAGACAAUACCUUUUUGGACUGGUUUUCUCGUGGUGAGUCAAGACAUCCAGUCUUUGGAAAGGUCAUCAAGGGUUACGACACUGCUGUCAAGAUUUCCAAGGUCUAUUCUCAACAGGACAGACCUGUUGAGCCCAUCAUGAUGAAAAGCAUCACGAUCCGCGGCCUGUGAUCUAUUCAGUGCGUUGAGCUCUCGUGUGGACGACAGCGCGCGGAAGAUGAAAA